AUGUCGGGCAUGAAGAACUCGCCGUUCGCGAAGCGUCUGCGCGCGUCCCACCGCGAGGGAGAGGAUGAGGAGACACCCAGGAGGUCUCGUGUCAAUCCUAUCUUCGGGGUCUCGUCAACACCGACGUUGGAUUCCCGCUCGAGCACUGCAGACAGCAGUGGCGGCCCACCAUCACCCAUCCAAGGCGCCAGCAGCAGCCGAAUGCGGCCGAAGGAGUAUGGAGACAGGUUUGUCCCGUCGAAGGACACGGGUGACAUGCGCACGUCGUAUCAUCUCAUGGACGAUGGUGGGCCGUCGACGCCAUCGAAGAGCAGAAUCAUACCGACCGAAUCAGACGCGCAAAAGGAGCAAGCGAAUGCAAUUUUCAACUCGAUCCUGCACACCGAAGUCACACCACCAUCCCCACACAGACCUUCAUCUCCGACACGCCCCAUUGCCUCCACCUCUGGUGCGCCGCCGUCGACACCAACUCGGAAGCGUCUGUUUACCUUCGGCUCCCCAUCACGCUCCAAUCCCAACACUCCAACCCGCCGCUUGGACACCCCAACCGAUGAGGCGUACUCGAUGAGCCCAGUACGGGCGGAGAGCCGGCAACUCCUGGAGUCCCCACGAAGACUGCCCCGCAGUGUGUGCAAGACACCAUACAGGGUCCUCGAUGCCCCUGAGCUUGCGGACGACUUUUAUCUCAACCUCGUCGACUGGUCGAGUACAAACGUGCUUGGGGUCGGCCUCGGAUCAUGCGUAUAUCUCUGGACAGCACAUAACGCCGCGGUGUCGAAGCUAUGCGACCUUGCCCCAUCCAACGACACCAUCUCGUCUGUCUCCUGGGUCCAGAAAGGGACGACGUUGGCUGUCGGCACCGUAGCCGGACGCCUGCACAUCUACGACGCCACAACACUCACACUGCAGCGCACGUAUCAACAAGCACACACUCAACGAAUCGGGGCCCUCGCCUGGAACACACAUGUCUUAUCAUCGGGCUCACGGGAUCGACAGGUGCACCACCGCGACGUUCGAGAGCCGACGACACGACCGUUUAAGCGUUGCACAGGCCAUCGCCAGGAGGUGUGUGGGUUGAAAUGGAGUGGGCAGAACGGGCCCUCGGACGGAGCCACACUCGCUAGUGGCGGCAACGACAACAAGGUCUGUAUUUGGGACCUUCGGGGUUCGAGGCGGCCUGGUGUUGGGAGCUCAUCGGGAGUGACAGGUGAGGAUGGACCUGCGGACCUACCACUGUGGAAGUUCCAUGAGCAUACCGCAGCGGUGAAGGCCCUUGCUUGGGAUCCACAUAUUCCUGGAGUGCUUGCGACGGGUGGUGGUACGCAGGACAAGCACAUACGGUUCUGGAAUGUGCAGAACGGGACGAUGCUGCAUGAGCUGGACACGGGUAGCCAGGUCUGCAACCUCAUCUGGUCCCUAACCUCCCACGAGCUCGUCUCGACACACGGCUUCUCCUCUACCACCGCUCAAAACCAGAUCUGCAUCUGGCGUUACCCCACCCUCAAUAUGGUCGCCUCGUUAACAGGGCACACCAACCGCGUGUUGUACCUUGCGAUGAGCCCGGAUGGGGAGACCAUCGUCACAGGUGCUGGUGACGAGACGCUGCGGUUCUGGAACGCCUUCCCCAAGAAGGAGAAGAACGAACGCGAGCGGGAGAGCAAGCUCGAUUAUGGCAGGCUAAUUCGAUGA